AGGAGGAGGAGGAGGGGGAAGGGGGUUGGCAGGAAGUCGGGGAGAAAGGCCGCGUCGCCAAGCUCUCUGUGAGCGGGGUCAAGCGGACCGAGAAGGGGACCACGGACGUAUCGGCGAUUUCCCGCCUCUUCUAUGGGCGGGAGCGCUCGGACAUAAGGAGGGCGACGAGUCGGAGCAUUUCGGCGACGAUGACAAGGUUCAAUUGUCUUCAGCUGGACUUGCCGCCCCUGGGUGGCGGGGGGAAGAAGGAAGUGGCAUUAGAGGAGGUAAUCGAGCAUUCCUUCCGGGAGGAGGUGAUCGAAAGCAGCGACGGAACAUUCCUUCGGAAAAAGCUCUGCCUGGAUGCGCUCCCUCCCGUCCUCAUUCUCCACCUCAAGCGCUUCAUUUUUGACCUCCAUCAAGGGGUGGGCGUCAAGCUGCACCACAGAGUCCACUAUCCGUCCUGCCUCAGGCUGCCUUCUCAGAUGCUCUCAGUAAGUCUGCGGACGACGGCCGGGAUCGAGGGGGGAAAAGGCGAGGGAAAGGGCCCUGCAUACGAGCUGUUUGCGGUGGGGCUGCACUAUGGUCGUUCCUUGAACGGUGGCCACUACACGGUGUUUUGCAAGGAGGGGGGGGGUGGAAAGGAGUGGGUGGGAUACGACGACGAGCGCGUCGAUCGGGUUCAAGAAUGGGAGGUAAAGAGUUAUACAGAGCAAGUCUACCUCCUUUUCUAUGAACGGGUUUAGGUCGGGGAGAGAGAGGGGUCGGUGGGAAGGGAAAGACAGGGCUGUACAGCGGUCAGGCAAGGAUGGUGGAAAAUCGUUCAAAUGAAGUAAGCUACCGGCGACUACCCCUUGCUUGGCUC